CGGCCGGGGGGCGGGCGCCGCCGCUGAGGUAUGGCCGCGGGGGCCGCGGUGCGCAAGGCGGCGCCGGUGCUGGAGGCGCCUCCGCAGCACGAGCAGGCCGUGAUCACAUACCAGGAACUGUGCAUGGGUAAAGGGGAAGCAGUUAGAGGUAGACCUUUCCCCCGGAGCUCGCAUCCUGGGAAGAAAGUAUAACAAGGAUAAAAUAACUCAUAGAAGGUAGGAAGAGAUUACUGUCCCCAUAAGAGGUUGGAGUGAAGUUUUGUAGGCUUUCUAGGAAGCAAGGAACUGCUUCUGACAGGGAGGGUGGGAAGGCUGAUGGGGGAGGGAGGGAUGGCAUGGCUUUUGGGAGCAGGGCCUUGGAGAAUGAAUGAGAUUCCAUGUGGCCAUGAGGGGAAAUGAUAAUUCUCCAUGGAGGAAACAGGAAUAUGAAAUUACUUGGAGGUGAAAAAAAUUGGUGGGGGCUGGGAAGUGAGCAUGGAGAAAGGUAGGGGUAGGAGUGGAUAUUCUUUAUGAUCCUGGCAGAAAUCCAGGGCUCAUGAAUCCUUGUAGGCAGAGAGAGCUGGAUUAUGACAAAUCUUGUAACACAUUAUGUAUUGGGGAUCUAUUCUCUAAAAUAGGGAAGCUGUAAGGGAACUCCCUGGCUGACUUGCUGGUUUCACUCUCCUGUGAACCAGAUCAGAUCAUUCACAGCAGGUUAUGGAUGAAGAAGUCUGCAAGCUGGGAAGGACAGAAGACUGGCAGAGUCGAUUCUGUGGCUGAUUCUUGCUGUUCCCUUAAGGCUGCCAUCGCUACCUUGCCUGCUGCCCUCAGGAGGCAUGGUCCCCUGUUAAUUCUUCCCUAGGGGGAACUCAGCAGCUUUUCCCUUAAUCCCUCAUGGCAGAGCCUUGUGGUCCAGGGACCCAGGGCCAAGGUGUCACCUGGGAGCCAAUUAGAAAUGGAGUCUCAGUCCCCCACCCCAAAACUGCAGGCUUAAAAUCUGCGUGCUAACUGAACCCCUGGCUGACUGCACAUCAAAGUUUGAGAAGUGCUAGUUUAAAACAGACUUUGUAAGAGCUGCGGAUAAUAAAGGAGAAAUAGAUAUGGUUACUGAGCACCCCAACCCCAUAAGAAUUUACGGAGCACCCUGUGUAUGACAGCACCCUGACUUGAAACGUUACCCUGUUUAAUGUUCAUUCAACAUCCUUAUCACCCCCUGAAGCAUAUUUCUUUGUGUACUUGUUUUUCUGAGAACCUCCAUCCCCUUGGACUCCAGCAGAGCAAGCACUUGAUCUGCUUUGCUGGCUACUGUAUUUCCAGGACCCAGCACAGAGCCUGGAGAUGUUUAUUCGACAAAUAUAUCUCUCACACAAAGCUUUCUGCAGAUGAUGAGUGGAACCUGCAGCAGGAGAGGAUACACAAGAUGCACCGGGGCCAUGAGUCCAUGCACGUGGAGAUGAUCUUGAUCUUCCUCUGCACCCUGGUCAUCGCCCAGAUAGUGCUGGUACAGUGGAGACAAAGGCAUGGCCGGUCCUACAACCUGGUGACACUGUUGCAAAUGUGGGUUGUCCCUCUCUACUUCACAAUAAAACUCUACUGGUGGCGGUUUCUUUCUCUGUGGGGAAUGUUCUCGGUUAUCACCAGUUACAUCCUGUUCAGAGCUACCCGAAAACCCCUCUCGGGGAGAACACCACGAUUGGUCUACAAAUGGUUUCUCCUAAUCUACAAACUCAGCUAUGCAUUUGGUGUUGUGGGUUAUUUGGCUAUCAUGUUUACAAUGUGUGGAUUCAAUUUACUUUUCAGAAUCAAGGCCAGAGAUUCAAUGGAUUUUGGUAUCGUAUCCUUGUUCUAUGGCCUCUACUAUGGUGUGAUGGGGAGAGACUUUGCUGAGAUCUGUUCAGAUUACAUGGCUUCUACAAUAGGGUUCUACAGCGUCAGUGGGAUGCCCACAAGGAGCUUGUCAGACAAUAUCUGUGCUGUCUGUGGCCAGAAGAUCAUUGUGGAACUCGAGGAAGAAGGGCUCAUUGAAAACACCUACCAGCUCUCCUGCAAUCAUGUCUUUCACGAAUUCUGCAUCCGAGGCUGGUGUAUAGUUGGUAAAAAGCAGACUUGCCCUUACUGCAAAGAGAAGGUCGAUUUGAAGAGGAUGAUCAGUAACCCCUGGGAGCGCACACACUUUCUCUAUGGACAGAUCCUUGAUUGGCUUCGUUAUUUGGUGGCCUGGCAACCCGUGGUGAUUGGAAUAGUUCAAGGCAUUAAUUACUCCCUAGGACUGGAAUAGUACAGCACACCUACUCCAGAAGCAGCUUGCGACAUAUUGAAAUAUUCUUAAAUCCUUGAUCCUAUCUUUAUUAUUGAUACUGCUUUUUCAAUUUCAGAGAUGAGCCCAAGAGUUUAGAGAAAUGAAUAAAAGCGCCCUCCAAAAGGCAAUCUAUGUGGAAAGAAUUUAAAAGAGAAGCUGAAUGUCAAAAGUUCAGAGGAAAACAGAAGUAAAACCAAUGAAUCAAUAAAGUAGUCAUCAGUAAAAGUUUAUUGUGCACACAGCAAAAAGAUCGUUUGCAAACCAGGGCACUCAGACCAAAACACAGAACGAAGCUCAGAGGUAUAUGUGAGGCAACAGCUUACAUAGUGCCGAGACGGGGACGGUGUAUUCUUCACAGAGAUUGGUUAAAAUACUGAAAUUUUCUUAAAUGAAAGGGAAGUGGUUAGUGAUGACCUCAUAUCAAUUUUAGGAAAACAGUUUAAGUUUUGCUUAUUAUCUUCAGAGGCCUAAGCAAAGAAAUACCCAGGUCAGUUAGCCUCACUUGUCUUGCAAGAUAAGCUACAUCAAGCUUUGCUUGUAAGACUAAACUGGUUCUGGGGUGCCUAGGUUGCUCCGUCAGUUAAGCAUCUGCCUUUGAGUCAUGGUCUCAGGAUCCUAGGAUCGAGCCCCGAGUUGGACUCCUCACUUUGGGAGUCUGCUUCUCCCUCUGCCUCUCCCCACUGGCUUGUGCUCUCUCUCUCUCUCUCUUUCUUUCUCUCUCAAAUGAGUAAGUAAAAUUGUAAAAACAGAACAAAAAAACAAAACAAAACAAAAAAAACUGGUUUUGUCUGCUCAGUGAAUUUCAAGUCUGGUCUCUGUUUGUGUUUGAUUUUAAUAUGAACAACAACAUAAACAAAUACAAAAAACAAAACAAAACAAAA